AUACAAGCACAACUGCCCCAAUUAAAAACUCUCUUCUCCUCUACUCACUCUUCCCCUCUCUUUCUGUUCUUAUUCUGUCGUUCCUCUCUCAUUUCCCAGUUUUUUAACAACUCCAUAGCUCUUCUUGGUUCAAUGUAUGGGAAUAGGUUCUGCAACUUCAAUCCCUAAACAGAGUAUUUCAUUUCAGUUCUUUUGAUCUCUCUGUUCGGAUUAUGAAACAGAGGUCCUCUGUUUCCCCUGUUCCUUGAUCACCCCUCUGAGAAAAUCAUUUCUGCUCUCUAAAUCAAGUUUCCUUUUCCCCAAACACCCAGAAAAAGGGAGAGUGUUUCCCCCAUCUUCUGAUCAUCCAUGUAUGUCAAGAAUCUAAAAUAGUUUUCUAUAAUUGUAGCUCUCAAGCUGGGUCACUCCAUUUCUCCUCUUCCUUAGCAUCACAUUUAUAAAAACCUGCACAGCAUGUAACUCUGUUCUUCUACUUCUCCCCUUCCAGCCCCCAAAAAAAACCCAAAAAAAAAAAAAUUAUAGUCCUUAUCUUCUUCUCAGUUCAUGAUAUCAUAAAUUUUCCUGUUCAUUCCUAGUUUAUCACCGAGUAUUAAAAUUUGAAAAAAAAAAAAAAAUGCCGGAAGCAGAAAAUGGGACUCCGCCGCCGUCGGCACCGGCGACGCCAGGGACUCCUGGGGGGCCGCUGUUCUCGUCGGUGAGAGUGGACUCGCUAUCGUACGAUCGCAAAUCAAUGCCGCGGUGCAAAUGCUUGCCGCUCGGAGGGGACGGAACCUGGGGCCACCCUUCCCACACCUGCUUCACUGAUUUUCCCGCACCCGAUAUCUCCCUCACUCGCAAGGUGGGAGCUGAGUUCGUCGGAACGUUCAUUCUGAUCUUUGCGGCCACGGCAGGGCCCAUAGUGAACCAAAAGUACAAUGGGUCGGAGACUCUCAUCGGCAAUGCCGCCUGCGCCGGCCUCGCCGUCAUGAUCGUCAUCCUCUCCACCGGCCACAUCUCCGGCGCCCACUUGAACCCCUCACUCACCAUUGCCUUCGCCACCCUCCGCCACUUCCCCUGGCUCCAAGUCCCCGCCUACAUCGCUGCUCAGGUUUCUGGGUCGAUUUGUGCAUCCUUUGCUCUGAAGGCGGUGUUCCACCCGUUCCUGUCCGGUGGGGUUACGGUUCCAUCAGUGAGCCAUGGCCAAGCGUUUGCUCUUGAGUUCAUCAUCACUUUCAAUCUCUUGUUUGUUGUCACUGCUGUUGCCACCGACACCCGAGCGGUGGGAGAGCUGGCAGGUAUUGCGGUUGGAGCUACUGUCAUGCUGAAUAUUCUUGUGGCUGGGAAUUCAAGUGGUGCUUCCAUGAAUCCAGUGCGAACCCUAGGCCCAGCUGUUGCAGCUGGAAACUAUAGAGCCCUUUGGGUUUACUUGCUGGCACCCACACUUGGUGCUCUGGCUGGGGCAGGCAUCUACACUGCAGUAAAACUUCGAGACGACGAGGCUGAGCCGCCACACCAGGUUCGGAGCUUCCGCCGCUAGAAGGCCCCCUGAUUGCUGCAUUAUGUAUUAUUGAUAGCUUGUGAUUGUGAUUACUGUCCCUGUUUGGCAUAAUUAGUGGUUGAAAAAGAAAAAGACAGAGAAAAUAGAACCUAUAUUUGAGAGUUAAGUUAAAAUGGACAUGGACAUGGAUUGCAGGCAUUCCAUGUCAUAUAUACAGUUAUAGCAAGAAUAAUGAUCAGCCUAGCUUCAAUGAUCAGCUGAUCCAUCAUCAUCAUGUCAUUCACCUUGUAUGAAUUUGCCUCUGUGCAUGACGUGCUGGUGAGCACAUGUAGGUGCUCAGCAGUGUGUGACUUAGUAAAAGGGAAUAUCCCUUGCUUGAUGUAAAUCUAUUGUGCGUUUUGCAUGAUGUAUAAUGAUUGUAACAAUAGUAGUUUGAAAUAAUGUGCAUAAAUAGCACUUGCUGUUUGUUUCCUAUAGUAAAAAAAAUGGGUCUUUCACCCGCUUCAUACC